GGUACGAAACCAAACGCCACAGAAACCGCAAGAGAGCAAAACUUAAAAGAGAAGAAGAAGAAGAAGCAACGUGAGGAGGUAGCCGAAGAAGAAUAAUCAAAAUACACUCAAAUGCUUGCAUUUGUCAUCUUAUUUUGAGAAAACAUAUAAUUCUCCAACCUUCCGGCUUUCGAACCACUAUUUCGUUUGGUUCACGUCGCUUGGUCAAGAGAAUGAAUCCGUUUAACCUAGCCUCCACAAUCUCACCUCCUCCUGUUGCUAAUCAUCUCUCGGCGAAGCGAAAGAGAGGCCGUCCACGUAAAGAUGCAACCAUGGCUCGACAAAAAAGAUCUCCAGGGAGUCCAAAGGAGGAUGUUAAUCUGGUUGGUAAGACGGUGUCUGGUGUGGUCGAAAGAUCUUGCGAGGCGGGGUUCAUCAUCAAUGUUAAGGUGAAAGACAGUGACACGAGACUGCGAGGUUUUGUGUUCUCACGGGGGAAAGUCGUUCCUGUGACUCCAGAAAACGACGUGGCUCCUCAUGUCAAAAUGAUCGUAAGAGAAGAGAUCAAGAAUCAGACUGAAUAUCGUGAUCAAUCUUGUCCUCCUAACGAUCAGACAAUGAAAGAUGCUGUCACUGACUUGGAGACUGAAUGUGCUAGAGCUUUGAUUCUACUGCCACAUGGAAUAAAUGGAGAGGACCCCAAGGAAGUUAUGGAAGAAAGAGAAGCUGCUGCUACUCGUUUGGUGGAGUUUUCUCAAACUCCAGAAACGACCAUAGUGACUCCUCAACAGAACCUUUUCUUGGCACGGAAAGAGACCAACGAGCAUCAGAAUUCUCCUGGUGAGGCUCGUGGGUUUGAUCUAAUGGCGGAGGAACUGGUUCAUCCGGUAAAGGAAGUACCGCAGGAGCUUCAGCUAGAACUUGGGAACAAGACAAUAUGGAGGGGAGACAACAACAAAAUGGCACCGCAAUGGAGAUAGAUCCUGAAAGCUCUGUGCCUAGGAAUGGCUUUAUAGAGAAGUUGUUAAAAGGAAAGGAAAAGGUCGACUGUUAGUGCAGUAGUUUAAAACCUCUUUCUAUUCGGUUGUUUUAUAUUUCAGACUCUCCAAUAUAUUUCUGCUCUCUUUUGUUUUCAGUACUUUGUAUUUUCAGACUUCAGUGUUUGUAU